UCGCGAAUAGAUAUUCUUAUUGGCUUCGUCGUUCCAUGUAAAUAGCGUGGAAGGAAGUAUAUCUCUUGAUUGAAAGAACAUUGGCCAGUUCGGAGUGUGUCAGUUUAUCUAAUCGUGUAAAAUGCUGCGCAGAUUUAUAGCUCAGAACCAUGUUCAAGGCAAAAGCCAUGUCUUUAAGCUCAUUGCUUGUUACUCCACCUCGGGCAAGCCCCACAAGGGCAAAAUAUAUGCGUCGGCCCAAGAUGCUAUUGCCGAUGUCCAGGAUGGAGCCUACAUCCUAUUUGGCGGCUUUGGUGUCUGUGGCAUUCCCGAGAAAAUGAUUGAAGCUCUGAGGGAUAAGGGUGUUAAGAAUUUGACUGCAGCAUCUAACAAUGGCGGUGUCGACAAUCGUGGUCUGGGCGUACUUCUCAAGAGCAAGCAGCUCGGAAAGAUGGUUGUAUCGUAUGUGGGCGAGAACUCCGAACUGGUUAGGCAAUAUCUGUCGGGCGAACUGGCUGUGGAAUUGACGCCUCAGGGCACUUUGGCCGAGAAAAUUCGUUCAGGCGGUGCUGGCAUACCAGCUUUUUACACGCCUACAGGUUAUGCAACGUUGGUGCAGCAGGGCGGGGCACCCAUUAAGUAUGCAACGGAUGGUUCAAUUGCCAUACCCAGUGCCCCGAAACCCGUGAAGGAGUUUAAUGGACGCAAUUAUGUAAUGGAGGAGACAAUUUUCGCUGACUAUGCUAUGGUGAAGGCACAUAAGGCCGAUCCUCUGGGAAAUCUAGUGUUCAAUAAAUCGGCACGUAACUUCAACUCCCCUAUGUGCCGAGCUGCCAGGGUCACCAUUGCUGAGGUGGAAGAAAUUGUGCCCGUUGGUGCUCUUUCACCCGAUGAGAUUCAUGUACCUGGUAUCUAUGUGAAGCGCAUUUUCAAGGGCACCAACUACGAUCGGAGUGUGGAGAGAUUGCGCAUCACCGAGCCCAAGGAUGCGAGCAAGGCAGCAGCGCCACCAAAUCCUGCCCAGGCUAUACGUGAACGUAUUGCUCGACGUGUGGCGCUUGAGUUCAGGGACGGCAUGAAUGCGAAUUUGGGCAUUGGCAUACCCGUUUUGUCCUCCAACUACAUACCCGCUGGCAUGACGGUCAUGCUGCAGUCGGAGAAUGGCAUUCUCGGUCUAGGCCCCUUCCCCACCAAGGAUAAGGUUGAUCCCGAUUUGAUUAAUGCUGGCAAGGAAACCGUAACUGUUGUCCCCGGCGCCUCUUUCUUUGGGUCAGACGAAAGUUUUGCCAUGAUUCGCGGUGGUCAUGUAGACCUGACCAUUUUGGGCGCCAUGGAGGUGUCCGCUACAGGCGAUUUGGCCAACUGGAUGAUACCCGGCAAGCUUGUCAAGGGCAUGGGUGGCGCUAUGGAUCUGGUGGCGGCUCCAGGCACCAAAGUCAUUGUCACCAUGGAACAUAAUGCUCGCGAUGGCACGCCCAAGAUUCGGGAUUCCUGCUCAUUGCCUUUGACCGGCAAGGAAGUCAUCGAUCUGAUCAUAUCCGAGAAGGCUGUCUUCAGUGUGGAGAAGGGCGUUGGCCUGACGUUGCUCGAAGUGGCCGAAGGCCUCACUGUCGACGACAUCACAGCCUGCACCGGUGCCAAGUUUACAGUAUCACCCGACGUCAAGCAAAUGGCUCAAAUUGCUACAUGAAGCUCGCAACGCGCAACUCGUUGCUUCAAUUGUAAAUAGUUCUAAGAUUGGAUGGCAUUAUUAAUGUUAAUUUUUAAAAACUAUGCUCAGGACCUAAAGUGAUACAAUACAGUUGUGCAUUUAUUUUGGA